AUGUUAACGACUAUAUCUCCAAAUGCGGCUCUCCUAGAAGAAACAAAUGUUCUUAAAGAGACGGCUGCAAAAGAGGAAGUUGAGGAACCCGCGCCACCGGCCGUCACACCGGAAGAGAAGGCGGAGAAAGAAGAGAGUGUUGAAGUCGAAACUGUUGCCGAACCGCCCCAUUCCGAAGCGGCUGUUUCGAAUGAAAAGGUUGAACCAACCGAGGAAGAGGAAGAGGUAGAAGAAGAAGAAGAGGAGGUUAUGAUCUUGACCGAUGAGUCAGAGGCAGAGGAAGAACCCGAAGCAGUUGCAGAGGUAGCGAAAGAAGAAAGCGACAGUCCCGACGAGUCAUCGGCCCCCGAAGCCGAUGCUCCGGCAGCAGAGGAGGCAAAGGAAGAAGAUGAGAAGAAGGAAGCCCCCGCGGAGAAGACAGUAAGGUAA